AUGCCAAAGAGUAAAGGAAAAGGUGGUAAAAAUAAGAGAAGAGGAAAGAACAGUGGUGAUGGCCCAAAGCGUGAAUUGAUCACUAAGGAUGAAGGGCAAGAAUACGCCACUGUCACCAAGCUUUUGGGGAACGGUAGAGUCGAAGCCCAAUGUUUUGAUGAUGUCAAGAGAACUGCUCAUAUUCGUGGUAAAUUGCGUAAGAGAGUCUGGAUGGGUCCAGGUGAUAUUGUUCUUGUGUCAUUGAGAGAUUUCCAAGAUGACCAAUGUGAUAUCAUUGAAAAAUAUAGUAUCGAUGAAGCCAGACAAUUGAAAUCUUUGGGUGAAUUGCCAGAAAACGCCAAGAUCAACGAAGCUGGAUUUGAUGAAGAAGAAGAAGGUGAUGCCGGUUUCGAAUUCGGUGCUGACUCAGAUGACGAAGAUGAAGAAGAAGAUGGUAAAUUGGAUGAUUUGGACAUUGAUGACAUUUGA